AUGAAAUCCAUGGCCUUUUGAUAAGGGAAAAUCUCUUUCUGAGUGCAUGUAUAUCUCGCUUUCUAGAAAGACGUCGUAUAGCGACGAGUACGACGACGUUUACUUGGACAUCUGGGUCCCAGAAAUAUAUGGGCUUUCAGCGACAAAUCUGAAGAGAUAUUUGGGAGUUCGCCCUUCCAUUCGCAAAGAGUACGGGGUCGCUCUGCACGAUAUCAUAGAGGCCAGGAAGACAGGUAACUCUAUCAUACCUAUUCAGGCUGAUGAGGGCGAAGAGAGCCAGGAAAAAAGAGACGAAGAAGAGCGCGACGACAUGACCCAGCCUGCACCGACUUUCGGCGUCAAGGGCACUUGUGAGGAGGACCUCGUCGAGGACAGAGAGAAGAGGCAGGAUACUGGUAGAGUCUUCAACGGUGGAAGUAAACUCGCAGUCGCUGAUAGUGGGCCCACCAGUACUGAAGCAUUGGAACAGUAUCCUAACCCAUUCCGAGAGAUGGAGGCAAAGUCGCAGCUAGCAGGUUUCAUCGUCCUUUGCUACUCUGGCAUUGUACAGGAAAAUCUAUCUUCCUCUACUAUAUCCUUCUACUACGCUUACAAAGCGAAGAAACCGACAAUCCUGGUUAGCGUCCUGAUGUAG